AUGAACUUCCUGAGUUGGAAUUGCCAAGGAGUGGGGCGGCCUCAUGACUUGACAAUUCCGCGUCUCAAGGAGAUACGGAAAUCAUAUUUCCCGGAGAUUCUGUUUUUGAUGGAGACCAAAAAUUGUAGAAACGUUUUAGUAGAUUUGCAAGUGUGGUUGGGCUAUGAUAAUAUUUUUACGGUUGAACCAGAAGGACUCAGCGGGGGUUUAGCUCUUUUUUGGAAAAACUCUGUACAUAUCGACUUUAAGUUUGUAAAUAAGAAUCUGUUGGACCUAGAAGCUCAGGUUGGUAAUGUUGCUAUGUACAUCUCUUGUGUUUAUGGAAACCCAGUGACUGGUUCAAGGCAAGAGGUUUGGGAGAGGCUAAUGCGGAUAGGAUCUCAGAGAACCUCCAUCUGGUGUAUGUUGGGGGAUUUCAAUGAGAUUCUUCAUAAUGGGGAAAAACUAGGAGGUCCUCCAAGAUCCAACCAGUCUUUCCAAGGUUUCGCGGACAUGCUAUCAAUUUGUGGGAUGUCGGAACUCAAGAGUAAAGGGAAUAGCUUCACCUGGGGUGGCAUGCGGGGAACUACUUGGGUGCAGUGCAAGCUGGAUAGAAGCUUUGGAAAUAAAGAAUGGUUCAAGCACUUCCCGGCUUCGAAUCAAUCCUUCCUAGAGAAAAGAGGAUCCGAUCAUAGACCGUGGAAGAAGGAAAAUUCUGUCAAUGCGGCGGACAAGAUUUCCCAUCUACAAGUUGCACUUGAAUCAGAGCAAUCGGCUCAUCUUCCUUCUCAGAACCUGGUGUUUAAGUUGAAGAAAGAUCUGAUCCUAGCAUACAAAGAAGAAGAGACAUAUUGGAGCCAAAAAUCUUCAGAGAAAUGGCUAUUAGAUGGAGAUAAGAACACCAAGUACUUUCAUGCAUUUGUAAAAGCCAACAGGUCAAAGAAUGGAAUCUCUAAGCUUGUUGAUGUUAAUGGAAAUGUUCAGAGAUCAGAGGCCUCAAAAGGAGAAGUUGCUAAUAGUUACUUCAAGUCUUUAUUUACAUCCUCUAAUCCGGGUAACUUCCAGUCUCUCUUCUCUGACCUUCCUCCUCGGGUGUCUACAUUGAUGAAUGAUGGUUUAACAAAGCUGGUAAGUAAAGAAGAAAUUAAGGAAGCUGUCUUUUCUAUAAAACCCUCAAGCGCACCAGGCUCGGAUGGAAUGACAGACCUUUUCUUUCAACACUAUUGGGAUGUCAUUGGAGAAGAGGUUACCAAGGAGAUACAAGCUUUCUUCACCACUGGCUCAUUUCCCAACGAAUGGAACUAUACUCAACUUUGCCUCAUUCCAAAGAUUACAAACCCAAUGCACAUGUCAGACCUUCGACCUAUUAGCUUAUGCUCAGUCCUGUACAAAAUCAUCUCCAACAUCCUCGUUAACAGGCUGAAACCGCUUUUUGUGACAUUGUAUCUCCAAAUCAGACGGCUUUUUGUCCCUGAGAGGUUGAUCUCUGAUAACAUCAUGCUGGCUCAUGAGCUAGUCCACGGCCUCCGCACUCACCCUAAAAUAUAA